CAUCAGCAUGUUCAAGUGGCUUCAGAUCCCAUAGAAGUCCUUGAGAUCAUCAAUCGGAACGAGCUCCAAAACUACAAGCUAGGAGUAUGUUUCAUCUUCAUCGCAAUCACAACCUGGGUUGUUGGCCUCGAAUUGGUCAACUCGGUGAUGAAAGGCGACGAAUACAAUAAACCGAUCUUGAUAUCAGUAUAUAUUGGUUCCUGUUUCUCGCUAUACUUCAUUCCCGAUGUCUACAGAUUCGGUUUGGAUCUUGUAAAACGGAAAUUCUUUGGAGUCUCAGACACCGCUGCACAGGAUAUAGCCAAGAGUUACGAAGAUACUGAGGAUGGGCCUGAGGAGUUAACCAGAUCAGAAAUUGUCAUACUUGCUCUCCAGGUAUCAGUUGGUUACUUUCUCUAUAAUUUUUUUGUGAUGGAGAGUCUCCAGUAUACAUCUGCAGCGAACCAAACAGUGUUCAGCAGUACAACUUCGAUAUUUACCUUGAUUAUUGGUGUUCUCGUAAAGACUGACAAAUUGUCCUUCAAGAAAGUGGUUUGUGUUACUAUCAGUACAAUCGGAGUGUUUCUAGUUAAUAUGAGUGAAUCGGCCAACGAACCCGACUCGGGGCUGAAGUACUUGCCAAAGAACCCGAUGCUAGGUAAUUCUUUGGCGAUGUGUGGUGCGCUCAUGUACUCUUCGUACAUGCUUAUCAUGAAAGUCAAUUGUGGAAUGGGCAAAAAGACCACUAACGAGCGCCAGCUCUUUGGGGUGGUCGGUCUCCUUACCAUGUUGCUUGGCGUACCUGUGUUAUUCAUUGCAGAUCAGUUGGGUAUCGAGAAAUUCGAAUUUCCUCCACCAUCCACUAACAUUUUGAUUCUGGUACUUGCAAAUGGUGUAUUCUCUGUGGUUUCAGACUACUCAAUUGUGAUGGCUAUGCUUUUAACGAGUCCAUUGGUUGCCUCUUUAUCAUUGACGUCUGCGAUUCCGAUCACUAUUUGUGUGGAUUUUGUGAUUUUACUUUUGGAAGAUGUGGAAAAUCCAAACUCUUCAAAGAAUUUUGUUUAUUACUUGGGUAUUAUGGGUAUUUUACUUGCGGUGGUCUUGAUUAACGUGAACAUAAGU